AACAACAUGGAGGAUGAGGUUGUUUCACUGUUUUCCAGAAUUUCCUCUGCUCUUUUCUAUGGUGUUUCGUCUUUUAUGAUAAUUGUCGCCAACAAACUAACUUUGACAUCUUAUGGCUUCCCAUCAUUCCAGUUCCUGGCCCUUGGUCAGAUGACAACAGGCAUUGUUGUUUUAUUUAUUGCAAAGCAGAUUGGUUUGGUGGAUUUUCCUGGAUUUUCAUUCAGUAUAUUUUGGAAAAUAUGGCCUUUACCAUUUAUUUUCAUAGGCAACCUAAUAUGUGGCUUAGGUGGAACUCAGAGACUGAAUCUUCCAAUGUUUACAAUUCUGAGGAGAUUCACCAUUCUGUUUACAAUGAUUGCUGAAUACUAUGUCCUAAAUGUAAAGGCAUCCAGGACCGUACAGUUCACAGUUUUUCUGAUGAUAUUUGGUGCUCUAGUUGCAGCAAGUGGUGAUCUGACCUUUGACCCCAUUGGUUAUGUCAUGAUUUUACUCAAUGAUGUCUUCACAGCUGCCAAUGGUGUCUAUUUCAAGAAAAAACUUGAUGCCAAGGAUCUUGGGAAGUAUGGGCUACUGUUUUACAACUCCCUUUUCAUGAUCUUACCAGUGGCUUUGUUUGCUUGGUAUAGUGGAGAUAUUGAAAAGGGGCUGGCCUUCAAGGACUGGGGAAACCCCUGGUUCUUGGUGCAGUUCUUGAUGUCCUGUACAAUGGGGUUCGUCCUGAACUAUUCCAUUGUUCUCUGCACUCACUGCAACUCAGCACUCACCACAAAUAUUGUUGGCGUAUUAAAGAAUCUUUUAGUGACCUACAUAGGAAUGUUUCUUGGAGGUGACUACAUCUUCAGCUGGAUCAAUUUCAUUGGUUUAAACAUCAGUGUAUCUGGGAGUAUAGUAUACAGCUAUGUUACCUUCAAACGACCUCCAACUAAAACAGUGGUUGUGGAGGAGCCCAAGAAUCCAGCAAAACUUUUACAAACGGUGUAGUACUCUAAUGAGUCAGUUUUCUACUUAUUUAAGUUUGAUGUUUUGACAAUUGUUCAAGAAGAUAUGCUGUACUCUGUCCCAAGUUUCUGCUUCCGCCACUUUUUGCUUAAUAUUUUCAGUAAUCAUAAAUACCUUUGUGCCCUGCAAACUACGUUUUUCCUCUAGAAUGAAAAAAAGUCCAGAUUCUCUGUUUUGAAAUGCCCCUCUACUGCUUCAGGUUUCAGUACACAACCAAAAAUAGAAAUCUAUGGGGAUUUUGCAUUGCAGCAGACAUAAAAACACCCAGAUGAUGUUGAAAAAUUGUGCGAGGUGUUAUAAGUAAUUCUGAAUGGAGGAAAGAUGUUAACAUUUCUCAUUAUAAAUCUUCGUAACAAAAUUGUUUUUUAUCAUGUUAAUUUCUCUGGGUAAAAAUAGAUGAUGUGUCGAUGAAGAAAUCAUGGAGUUUUUCCCGUUAUAUUAAUUUUAAGUGUACUUCUUUGACAGGUAUGUGUAUUUUUUGUUAAAAUUUGUCAAAUUGUGAUGAAAGCAGUAACCUGGGAUAGACUUUAGUUUUAUAACAUGUAAUCGUUGAAUAUUUAUCACAGUGGGUAUUCAUAGAUGCAUUCCAUAAACAUUCAUUGAUGGGAUGUACUGUAUCAGUAUAUAUAACUAAAUGUAUCAUUUUACUUCUUUUAACGUAGCUCGCGGGUUUGCUGACGUCACAAUAGGAUUCGACGUAAAGAGUUGACCGACUUAGCAAACUCAUAAAUUUCUUUUAAAAAUAAAAAAUGAACUUUAGAAACAUUAAAUGAAAUAUUUCAAAAAGCUAAAAUGCAGUUUAUACAAACAUUUAUAAUUAUCAAGUGCUAAAAAUUUAACGACGUGACAUACAUUGUCGCAUUUAGUUCUAUAAGGUAUGAGUGUGCGUUGGAACUCUUUCAUCUAAAAUCAUGUUUAGUCAAGUACAUUUUAAAUAAAUUGAACCGUAUGCAUUACAAUUAUAAAUUUUACAAUUAUAAAUUCUGUAUUCUCAAAUACCGAUCUAACUAUUAAAUUAUUUUGGAUUUAGCUAGUUAUCAUAUACGAUUACAAAAUUAUUAAUAUGUCCAUAGUUGUAUGGUAAUUAUUUUUGCAUUAAUAUAGGUUUUUGUAAAAUCUUUUAAAUCUUUAAAGUUGUUUUGUUAAAAAUUGACUUAGAACACAUAUUGAUUAUUUUUUAUGAAUUGAUUCAAAAUUAUCUAAUCUGUUAUUGUGUUGAGUAAAAUUAAGUUUGUCUAGAUCGUUUAAAAGUUUGGAGCAUAGUUUUGAAAUGCAGUUUUCGACUAAGAUAUGCAUUUUACUAUAUAUUUCAUUGAAAUGGCGUUGCAUGAUUUUAUCAGUGACACUGUGUUUGAAUCAUGAUAACAUUAUUACCACGCAGACGCAUCUCAAAUAAAUUUUAAAAAUAAAACUCUGAAACCUAUCAAUCACACAGACAAAUUUUCAGGGUAGGUUUUAAUUCUCAUAAGCAGUAAACCUGCGAGCUACCUUAAACAUUGUAUAGUUAGUAGGAUGCAAUGUCUUAAAUAAUUAUAUUUUCUUUAGAAUUUGGGAUGCGUAUAAAACCCCUCAAAAUUCCUGCAAUCACCCAUGAACCUUUUUCAAAACAUGUAUAUAUUAUGAUUAAUUUUCCAUGCAUUAAUCAAGAACUGCUUACACAAAAAGAAUAUGAAGCAAUAAAUCAAUCUACUUCUCUACUUAAAGAUGCUUGAUAUGUUGUAUCCAUUGUACUUGUUGUUAGUUUAUAGACUCAGGUGAAUCUCAAUCUGAUAUGAAAUCCAUAUUUAUUCUACAAUGCUCAGAUCAUGGCAACAUAAAUUCACAACAAUGUAAAAGUUACAUACAUUGUACUUAAUAUUAUUCCCAUCAAUCAGUUUUAGGGAGUCAAUUUUUUUGUAACUUUAAACAUUGUUAGGUACUUGUAUUUUGACUAUAAGAUAUUACAUGUACCAGUAUUAACCCCUUCACGGUAACUGCGGUACUGCUCUUUUGCAGGGCAAAAUGACAUGGUUUGGUGAAAUAUGACGUAACGUCAAUUGUUUCAUUUACGUCAUUUUAUUAUCUACCUACUGAAAUUUCGGCAAAGUAUAUCAUUUUGCCCUGCAAGAGAGCAGUACCGCAGUUAUCGUGAAGGGGUCUAUAAGUGAAUAAUUCUUUCAUUUUUACAUGUAUUUAUAAAGUUUGGGGAAUUCACUGUGGUUAAAACUAUUUUUUUUUUUGUUUAUUUAGAAAGAUUACAAUGUAUUAUAGUAUAUGGUACAUGUAUUUGCUGUUAUUGAAAUUAGUAGUUAAUUAUAUAAAAUUUACAGUCAAAUUUACAGAAUGAUAGAUCUUAAGCGUGCAUGUACUGUAUCAUAAUGCAUUUAUAUGAUUAAAAUAUGUUUGAUUUUGCAUGCAUGCAGGAAUGUGUUAAAGUCAAGUGGGUAUAGAUACAGUUGUUUUAUUUUUUACUUUUGUUGAUUGAUUAUCAUUUGUUUAAUUGGAAUGGUAUUUUUUUUUUUUUUUUUUGUUUACCGCAAUUCAUUUCAAUUGGAAAAACAGAGAAAUGUCUAUGCACGCUGUUACUAGAAUAUCUAUAGUUUCAUUUCAAAAAGAUGUUCAUAUUGAACUUUCUGAUUUUUCAAAAUAAAAAAUGAGGAAUAUAACAAUUAUAACCUGAUAUUUUUAUGAAACAAUUUAAGAUCUGUUGUUUUUAUCGGUACAUGUUUCCCACAGUGAUCUCAAUUAAUUUCCAAUUAUUUGUUGCUUUUUGGUUAACAAGAUACUCAUGAUACUGUGAACAAGCACUUGUAAUAUGUGACUGUAAUCUUAUAUAAUGAUAAUAAUUGUAAAAAAUAUAUAAAAUGUUUUAGUCUUAGAAACAGUCAUAAUUGAAACAAAUCAGAAAAUAUAUGCUGGUGAGAAAAAACCCAUGAAAAAAGAUUUUAGAUAAUUUUACUGGGAUAGUUUGUAUCAUUAUGGAGCAGUGCAUAUUGCAUGAUAUCCUGACUAGGCAUUAUACCCAUGUUUCUUACAGUGAUUCAGUUCAGACCAUUUUUAGGGAGGGUUUUUUCUUUAUAGAUGGAUGUAUUUAAUAAACAUUUAUGGUGAUUGAUGAAAAAUAACAUUUGUCUGAUACAUGUACUAGUAAUAGAUUUACACUGGAAUCUCUAAAUUCUCACACCAUUCAAACCCACAAACUUAACAAGACUUUGGCAAUGUACCACCACCAUUUUUUCAUCUUCCCAAGUCAAGGAUUACUGAUCCGCUCCGCUUUACAUAAACCCUUGACCAAAAAGACAACACAUAUGCGGGCUAACGAUUACGCCAUCUAGUGAGAGUACUCAUUUUGAACUUUCGUGACCUCUUGUUCUGACCAAUCAAAGAAUGCGUUAUAAACAGAAACAGUAUAGCAAUAUGGCUGCUCCCACGAACAAAAUCAAAUUCGUAGAAAAUAUUGAUUCACUCGGACUAAAAACCGACAACAGUAAGUCAAAUACUUACUAUUUUGUCUCUAUUUUAUUUGACAAUGGUUCAACAUUGAUCAAUUCACUAUUAACAUCAUUAUUAAAACAACGUUUCUUAUUGGAUCAUGCAAACCUGUAUGACGCCAACCAGCAUGAGAGGUUUCUAACCCUGUCAAACUCUGCCUAUUCGGUCAAGGGUUUAUGUAGAGCAGAGCUGAUCAGAAAUCAUUUAAAAUGAGUUAUGAUGAAUUUUAUUAUGACGUCACAUACGUUGAAGGCUGUUAAAGUGCAACAUCAAAAGCAAAAAUCAAAGUUCAGGCUUGUGGCUGUUACAGUGGCUCUUCCAUUUAUUUGAACUGUCUUAGGAUAAUACAAUAAUUUUGAAGUAUAAUUCACAUUUGUAGACAAGGCAAAAAGUUGAAAAAAAAUAAUGUGCUGUAUUCAAUAUGUCUGCACCGCUGGUGUGUUAUAGGACUGACAAUACCCUAAAAUAAGCAUUCAAUGCUUAAAUCAAUGCUAGUUAUAGUUGUAUGGCCACAAAUAGAGUAUCAUGCAAGAUAAAAUAGGAGGUGAGCAAUGUGGCCCAUAAACCUCAUGUUCAUUUUAUAUGAGAGCUAUAUAUAUAUAAUUUACUUGGUAUUACCAGUACAUAUGAUAUGUAUUAACUUUGCUUUUGAGUUUACAUAUGAAUAUAUACGGUAUAUAUUUUUAUUUCCAAAGAUUAAAAAUCAAUUUAAUCCAAAAUUGAAUUUAAAAUACUACCAUUGUUAUCAUUAUGCAAGUAUAAUGUUUUUUAAUAUAACUUUUAAUAUUCUUCAAUGCAAACAUUGAGGAGUUAUUUAUAAUAUAUAAUAAAAAAUGAUUUGAACUGAUUUUGUUUU